AUGGCGGUCACUGUGGAGGAUUUGUACCGUAGCUAUGGGAUCCUUGCCGACGCCAAGGAUAACCUGAGCCAGCACAAAGAUGCGUACCAGGCUAUUCUUGAUGGCGUGAAAGGCGGGCCGAAGGAGAAGAGGUUGGCCGCCCAGUUCAUUCCCAAAUUCUUCAGCAACUUCCCCGAGUUGGCGGACGCCGCAAUCAACGCCCAGCUUGACCUGUGCGAGGACGAAGACGUUUCGAUUCGCCGGCAGGCCAUUAAAGAGCUGCCCAGGUUCGCUGCAGGGGAAAAUUUACCCAGGGUGGCAGACAUCCUGACCCAGCUGCUUCAGACAGAUGAUUCCGCAGAAUUCAACCAGGUUAACAUUGCCCUGAUCUCCAUUUUCAAGAUUGAUGCAAAAGGUACGCUGGGAGGCUUGUUCACACAAAUCCUGCAGGGCGAGGACAUUGUGCGGGAGAGAGCCAUCAAGUUCCUGUCCACCAAGCUGAAGACUCUGCCAGAGGACGUCAUGACCAAGGAAGUGGAGGAUUUCAUUUUCCCCGAGACCAAGAAGGUUCUGGAGGACGUGACGGGGGAGGAGUUUGUUCUGCUGAUGCGUAUCCUGUCCGGGCUGAAGAGCCUGCAGACGGUGGCUGGGCGGCAGCAGCUGGUGGAGCUGGUGGUGGAGCAGGCCUUCCUGGAGCAGGCGCUGAACCCCGGCGACGCCGACAAUGUGGACCGGCUCCUGCAGUGCACACGCCAGGCCCUGCCCCUCUUCUCUAAAAAUGUGCAUUCCACGCGGUUCGUGACGUACUUCUGCGACCACGUCCUGCCCAACCUCAGCACGCUGACCAGCCCUGUGGCCGAGCUGGACAUCCAGCUGGAGGUCCUGAAGCUGCUGGCGGAGAUGAGCCCUUUCUGCGGGGACAUGGAGAAGCUGGAGGCCAACCUGACCAUGCUGUUUGAGAAGCUGGUGGAGUUCAUGCCCCUGCCGCCGGAGAACGCGGAGAACGGGGAGAACGCCGGCAGCGAGGAGCCCAAACUGCAGUUCAGCUACGUGGAGUGCCUCCUCUUCAGCUUCCACCAGCUGGGGAAGAAGCUUCCGGACUACCUCAUCGACAAGAUCGACGCCGAGCGCCUGAAGGACUUCAAGAUCAGGUUACAGUACUUUGCUCGCGGGCUACAGGUGUACAUCCGGCAGCUGCGAGUGGCUUUGCAGGGAAAGACGGGAGACUCUCUUAAAACAGAGGAGAAUAAAAUUAAAGUCGUGGCUCUCAAGAUAACGAACAACAUCAAUGUCCUCAUAAAGGACCUCUUUCACAACCCCCCCUCGUACAAGAGCACCAUCACUCUCUCCUGGAAGCCCGUGCAGAAGACAGAGGCUGCUGGUCAGAAGAGGCCGUCCGGUGAGGAGGUGGGCGCAGGGGCGGGGGCGGGGGUGCUGACGAAGAAGGUCUCCCCGCUGCCCCGGCGGGACGCUCGUCAGAUCUACAACCCCCCGAGCGGGAAGUACAGCGCCACCAUCGGGAACUUCUCCUACGAACAGCGUGGAGGAUUCCGUGGUGGGCGGGGCCGAGGCUGGGGUGGCCGGGGCAAUAGGAGCCGGGGGAGGAUCUACUGAGGGGGGGGGCCUGGCUGGAUUCCGCGAGAUCACGUGACCGCACACUGACCCAAGUGCAGCGUGUGCAUACUGCUCGCUGCACCGGUGAAUGUGUCAUGUCUGUGCACCCACCCACCCCCCCUGCCCGUGAGCUCUUCGGCCAAUUACCGCUCUUUCCACCUUUUCCCUUCCUCCCCAACCACCUGUAAAAAAACGAAUAUUCAAAUGUACUUUUUUAUUUUCCUUUUUUAAAAUCCAAACCCUUUUAGUGGAAGGAGCUUGUCAUCCAGAUUUAUUUCUCCUGCUGCAUUUGUUCAAGUAGAUGUUCAUGGAUUUUCUUUUUUUUUUUUUUUUGUAUGGACGAAUUUCUGUGGAUCAGGACUUUCAAGAUGUGCUCUAUUGUACUUUAUUAACUUGUCAGACUGUUGGAACAAAACAAAAAAAAAAAGUGACUAUUUUACAAAACGAAUGCCUACUUUGUACCUUGUUAUUUAACCUUUGUGUUUUUUUUUUUUUUUGUUUUUUAGAUGUUUGAUUUGGGUUGCAUUAGUCUUGCAAGUUUGUAAGGAUCAAUAAUGUUUUCAACUGAAUUUUACCAUAAAAUUGUCUUGGAAGUCUCUUGUUGCCCUCCUGAUUUUGUUGAAUUCUGGGGGGGGUGGUGGAGGAGCCAGAAUGGAAUCCUCAUAGUUGUAUAGGUGUAGCAAUGUAUGAAGUAGAUCUAGAUUCAAAGAAAUAGAAAUAUAUACACCCAUAAACCAAUAUGUGCUUGUACUCUAUAUUUUGUUUACCAUAGGAGCACAAGAAUCGAUCAGUUUGAAUUUGUCUUAAUGACUCGCAGAUAACCAGCAGUAAUACAAGUUCAAAAACAGGACAGUUAAAUGUACUCGAGGCGCAACUUUGCAACGUAAUAAAAGGUAGUUAUUAGACUGUUUAACAGAAGUUUUUGGCUUAAAAGUUUUGCAUGCAUCAUUUUGUAAUGCCAUUUUCUCAUGUUAAGUGUUAUUUAAAAUGUUUUUGAUUAAAAAGGAAAAAUGACAUUUGGACCAAA